UGGCAGCCGCCCCGGCAGAACGUCCUCGCAGUGUCACGGCGUGGGUUGGGUAUACGGAGGAAGGCGUGAGCGAACGCGUUGACUGCAGUACACCUCCAGUCUGUCCAGCCCGGGAGUCUCCUCCGCUUUCACCCCCGCCGUCGAGCCGCAAUGGAGGUGCAGAAGGAGGCGCAACGCAUCAUGACCCUGUCGGUGUGGAAGAUGUACCAUUCGCGUAUGCAGCGCGGUGGUCUGCGGCUGCACCGGAGUCUGCAGCUGUCGCUGGUCAUGCGCAGCGCCCGGGAGCUCUACCUCUCCGCCAAAGUGGAGGCUCACGAGCCUGAGAUGCCCUUGCCGACCGGCCGCUCGCCUGACCCUCGUCUGCAUCCGCCACGGGAACCGGAAGCCGCAACCCAGGCAGCGCCCCCCGACGGUGAGCCGCCCUCCCUGGAGCCCAUGGACACCCAGGAGACGCCGAGGGCCGAGGAGACCCCUUCCCGCUGCAGCCCGCGCCCCGCCAAAGCCGGCCGCAAGCGGCGGAGUAGCAGCCUGAGCGACAGCGGGGACACCGGACUAGUCCCGAGCAAGAAAGCCCGACUGGAAGAAGAGGACGCAAAGGAGACGCCUUCGGAGGUCCCCGAUCGCCUGCAGCCCCCUCCGGCGCAAGCGGAGGGCGCUUUCCCCAACCUGGCGCGGGUCCUACAGAGGCGCUUCUCAGGCCUCCUGAACUGCAACCCUGCUGCGCCCCCGACGGCGCCUCCAGCGUGCGAGGCGAAGCCGGCCUGCCGCCCGGCUGACAACAUGUUGAAUGUGCUCGUGCGGGCAGUGGUGGCCUUCUGAGGGCCCGAGUGGCGAGACCGGAGCCCAGAACGCAGGCCGAGCCGUCGGCCGGUGUGCGCGGACCGAGGCGAGGCUCCCCCUCCCUGGGGUGUGCCCGCGGAAACCGUAAAGGGGAGCCGCCGCCCGGGCUGCGGAGAGGCCCGGAGAGGGACUCUGCCCCCCGGGAGCCGUUGCCAGCUGUGCGCAGCGGCGGCGCGGAGGAGCUGGGGACGCGGGCGCCUACCGCUGAGACCUGCCGCGUCCACAGGUGCUGUUUUAACGGACUGGAACUCGGACCUUUCUCUCUCCUGGGACUGGGAAAAAGGGAAAGGGAGAAGUAGUUAUUUCCUCAGGGUCGGAUGUGAAUUUUUUUUUUUUUAAGCCGGAUCUAUGCUGCCCAUUCAAGAUUUCUCAGUAGGGGGUCUUUACGUUUCAACCUCAAAAUUCCAGGCACUUCCCUUCCCCCUCCCUGACAUACUUGUGCACGCGGUCAUCGUUGCGUCAUGGGGCAGACGUAAGGCGCUUCCUGUUGCCUUGCGUGGGUGUGGGGCCUAGGAGGAGGGUCUAGGGUGUGGGCCUGGCGGGGGAGUGGGAGGAGGGCCGCCUGAGUCACGUCGCCCCGAGCGUUAUGGGUUACUACCUGGGCUCCUGUGCCUUUGAGUGGGGACGGGGGCCGAUCUUAUUACAGAUGAAAAUUGUUCUCAUCUGGGGCAUUAGUGGUGGGGACUACGUUCUCAGACACUCGGACACAAUCCACCCACACGUUCCUGGUCUGAAUCACGAAAGGGUGGGGCGUGCAGAGCAGCUGUAGAGCUGAGCUGCGACCACUUGCUGGUGAGCCUUGGCUCCCGUUUUGGGAGGCGGGAUUCUUGCCAGGGUCUUUUCCGAGGGUCUGUUUACCUUUCCUGUGGUGGAUUCUGUUUAACUCCAUCUACCUGGCGUUUUGUUAGAAACGUCAGAUUGGAAAAUAAAGACCAUUUGAGUAAAGUUUGCUGCUUCUCUUUCUUCCCUGGCGGGGGAGGGGAGGAUUAGGGGUCAGGGGCUGGCGGGCUGGCGCGCUGGGGCCCCAGGAACCGGUCUGACUGGUUACCACGUGGGCGGGAGGGAGCUGGGCCCCUUUUCUUUGCCACAGCACUUGCCUGGAGUUCCACUCGGGCUCCCCGCUGGCCCCCAGAUUGGAAGACUAUCUCAAACUUCCCCUACAACUCCAGGAUGGGGAAAAGAGUGCUUUCCGAGUUCAACGUUUGGGGGGAAACUGCUGGUUACCGUGCCCCAAGCCGGUUUGGGGGACCACACUUCUUGUUGGGGGGAUUUGGAAAAAUGGCAUAUCUUUUCUCCCCGUCCUGACCUACUGAAUCGACUCUGGCAGUGGUCCAAAGGCCUGCUGUGGGCCAGAGCAGGUGCGCUUCAGAGCGAGUCCCUCACCGAGCAGUCUGAACCUAUUCCUGACGAUAUAACUGUAGCUCAGACAGGGAGGUGGCGCUCCCAGCCUCAGUUUCACUUGUAAAACGGACCUCUAAAGACCUUCCCGGCUAGGCUUUAGGAUUAGAAAUGUCCGUGGGAGGCCUAGUUAUUAUUAUUUUUUAGCUACCGCAUGAGAAAACCCUCUCGUUUCCCCAAUUCUCCCUUAGAAGAAGGGCUAUAGGCGUUACUCCAGGGCAAGGCGGGGAUCCGUCCGGAGGACAAAGGGGCCGCAGGUGGUGGGAGUGGAGACAGCGCCUCCGGGAAAGACCGCCCCGCCCCCCCACGGCAGAGCCGCCGGCCUCCCGCGACCGGAGGGACCUGACCCCGAGGCCGAGGGCAGAGGAAGAGGGGGCGGGCCCGUCCCGGAACACCCGCCCGGCCCUCUCGGGCCCCAGGCUCUCCUGCCCUGUCUACCCACCCUAUUCCCUCCUUUCUGCCAGCCCCACGCUCUCCUGGCCCUGACCGCGAGUCGCAGCCCGCAGCCCCAUAACGGACAAGGGCGGGGCGCCCUCCCAGUCCUGACACGAAGGAGAAUCUGGCCAAGCUCGCCUCCACUGUCCCCUGAGUUCUUCCCGGUGCAACAUGGGAGCCUUUGGCGCCACCCACGGCUUUUCCCAACUCACAACUCCCCAGUGGGACGUGAGGGGCGGGAGCCCCAUGCCCUUAAGUGGCUCAGUGCUUUCGCGACGGAGCAACUCCCCCGCGGGCCUGGCCCGGCCCCAGGAAGUCCCUGCGGCCGAGGAGGGGGCCUCGGCGGGUAUCCUGUUGCAGGAACCGCCAGGCCCUUCCUUCCGCGGGAAGUGGCUCAGCGGACCCCCACCCCCGACCAGGCAGCCGAGGGACUUCCGGUGCCUGGCGGGGGCGAAGCGAGGGCGGAGCGGGGGGGUGGGGGGAGGAGGCCUGGAGACGCUCGGGGGCGGGGGACUCGACGGGAGUAAGUGCGCGGGCACGGACACAUACACACACACACGCACCCACACGCAUACACACGCACACACCGUUAAAAUAACCCCCUACCAUACACACACACCCUUAAGAUAACCCCCUACCCAAGACCCCAUUUUCACCCACAGGAAUAGGUAAAAUUAAGAAGUCAUGACCACGUCUGACGAACAUGAGGUCUAAGAUUUUCAUGUGAUGAGUGGGCAGGCGGUCUGAAGGGUAAUGAAUUGGACAAUACUUGUGAAAACCGGAAAUGUCACCAAUUUCAGAGCCAGCGAUUGUUCAGGGAGCCUCAGGUCGGGACCUGGAGGUUCCAGAAGGGUGCUCGUUGCAGUGCUGUGUGAAAUAGGGAGAAAUUGGAAACCACC